AGUAGUAGUAGUAGUAGUAGUAGUAGUGGUAGUAGUAGUAGUAGUAGUAGUAGUAGUAGUGGUAGUAGUAGUAAUAGUAGUAGUAGUAGUAGUAGUAGUAGUAAUAGUAGUAGUAGUAAUAGUAGUAGUAGUAGUAGUAGUAGUGGUAGUAGUAGUAGUAGUAGUAGUGGUAGUAGUAGUAAUAGUAGUAGUAGUAGUAGUAGUGGUAGUAGUAGUAAUAGUAGUAGUAGUAGUAGUAGUAGUAGUAGUAGUAGUGGUAGUAGUAGUAGUAGUAGUAGUAGUAGUAAUAGUAGUAGUAGUAGUAGUAGUAAUAGUAGUAGUAGUAGUAGUAGUAGUAGUAGUAGUAGUAGUGGUAGUAGUAGUAAUAGUAGUAGUAGUAGUAGUAGUAGUAGUAGUAGUAGUAGUAGUGGUAGUAGUAGUAAUAGUAGUAAUAGUAGUAGUAGUAGUAGUAGUAGUAGUAGUAGUAGUAGUGGUAGUAGUAGUAAUAGUAGUAGUAGUAGUAGUAGUAGUGGUAGUAGUAGUAAUAGUAGUAGUAGUAGUAGUAGUAGUAGUAGUAGUAGUGGUAGUAGUAGUAAUAGUAGUAGUAGUAGUAGUAGUGGUAGUAGUAGUAGUAGUAGUCGUAGUAGUAGUAGUAGUAGUAGUAGUGGUAGUAGUAGUAAUAGUAGUAGU